AUGGCCGGAAAAAGAGAAAAGAGAAACUCCAACCUCUAUUGUGCUUAUCAUCGAGGUAUUGGACACGAAACCGAGGAUUGUAGCGAUUUGAAGAAAGACAUUGAGAAUUUAAUAAAGCAAGGGUAUCUGAAACAGUUUGUUCGCAGAGAUGGAGACCACAACAGAAGUGACUCCCGCCGCGACAACCGAGGUGAGCAACGCCUGGAGGAUAGGCAGAGACCACGUAGUAGUUGCCGAUCCCUGAGGAUCCUAGGAAGACGAGAAGGACUCUCCAAGGCUAAUCCAGAACAGGUCGAGAGCAGCUCCCGUCUUACUGAGACAAUCACGUAUGGCCCAAGUGACCCCGUCCCAACUGCUUCCAGUAGUCACGAGGCCUUGGUGAUAGAGUUGCUCACCAACAAUUAUAUAGUGAAGAAAGUGUAUGUCAACCCCAGUAGUUCGAUAGAUGUCAUGUAUUACCGAACCUUCAAAAUCUUGAUAUUAACCAGGGAUCAGCUCAUAUCUGUAAAGACCCCUUUAGUAGGGUUCAGGAGACACGUGGUCCACCCGCAAGGAAUGGUUACGUUUAUGGUGACCAUUGGGUGCCACCCUCGAUGCCGAACCAUUUCUGUCAAUUUUGUUGCAGUCAAAGCUGAUUCCCCAUAUAAUUUACUUAUGGGUCGACCCACCUUGAAUGCGCUACAGGCUGCGUAUUCAACCUACCACUUAAGUUUUAAAUUUUCAACUCUCACAGGCAUCGUCGAGGUAAGCAGCGAUGUCUGUGUAGCAAGAGAAUGCUAUUUUGCUACCCUGCAGGCCGCCUUUUCUUCAACGGCCGAGCCGAAAAUUGAGGGUAGGAGGUCUAAUAUUCUCUCGAUAGACUGUAUAGAUCCUCAACAGUUCGGGAAGCCUAAAAAGCUAGAGACCAAAUAUGAGGUAGAAAAAAUUCCUCUGAAUCCUUCGAACCCGGAUCAAACCAUCCGCGUUGGCACCAGCCUAUCUGAGCCUCUCAAAGGCGAGCUAACCUUCUCAAAGAAUACCAGAACGUCUUCGCCUGGAUUGCUGAACAAGUUGUGGGGGUACCCCAUCAACUUAUGCUGUAUGAACUGA